AUUCUCGUACCCAUACAUAUUAUCCAUUAGUUUCCCCCACCGUCUUCCACUAACUUUUACAUAGACUUCGUGCAACUUGAUUACGCCUCAUCGUCGUCGGUGUCAUUAGAGAAAUUGCUGAUCAGAUUAAGAAAGAAAAAGCUCAUAAACGUAACCACUCAAAGCUUAUCAAAGCAGAAAAAGCUAAACGAAAAUAAUUAUGGUUUCGAUAAAACUUCCCAAUACCCUUUUGUUUCUUUCGUCGUUUCUAUUAAUCUCGAUUGGGCUUAGCGUUGGAGCUAAUGUCCCUCAAUACAUCUACCACAACUGCACAAACGCCACCACUUACACCCCUAACGGCAUCUACCAAAUUAAUCUCAGGAGCCUUCUCUCCUCCCUUUCUUCCAAUGCCUCCAGUGAAUCCCAUAACACCACCGCUGGUGAAGGCUCCUCCUCCCCCGUCUACGGCAGCUUCUUCUGCCGUGGAGACGUCGACACCACCGCCUGCCGUGACUGCGUGAGUUUCGCCGUCAAAGACAUCGUCAAACGGUGCCCUGUUCAGAAGGAAACCAUGAUAUGGUACAACGAAUGCCAAUUGCGCUACUCCAACCGGUCGUUCUUCGGCACUGUAUACGAACUCCCAGUAGUCUAUGUUCCGAGCACGGCCAGCUUUAAUGAAACUGACCCGUACCCGUUCAACUUGCUUGCCGGGUCCAUCCAGGUGGCAGCGUUUAAGGCGGCAAAAGGCGGGCCAGGAGAUAAGAAGUUCGCGACGAACGAACUCGACGUCAAUGGAUUUAGCAGGAUGUACACCCUUGCGCAGUGUACACCGGAUCUGAACGCCGUCAAUUGCGGUAGAUGUCUCAGUGAUGCCAUCGCACGGCUUCCCGAAUGCUGCUCCGGAAAGCUUGGGGGAAGAGUUCUGUUUCCUAGUUGUAAUGUUAGGUACGAUGUCUAUCCCUUUUACAAUCAAAAUGCAACAGCCCCGCCACCGGCAGCCACCCAGCCGCCUUCUAAAGUAAUUGUAAUAUCCGUUGUGGUCCCAGUUGUUGUUGCUACCUUGUUACUUGUCGUUGGCUGCUCUGUCCUUCGCGUGAGAGCAAGAAAAAAGUAUAAUACUCUAGUGACCCAAGAUAUUGUGAAAGAUUUAACAAAGGACGUUGACUCCUUACAGUUCAGUUUUGAGAGUAUUGAAACUGCCACAAACAACUUUUCUGAUUAUAACAUGCUAGGUAAAGGUGGAUUCGGUGAUGUUUACAAGGGAGUGCUUUUAAAUGGACAAGAAAUAGCUGUGAAGAGACUAUCCAAGAACUCAAGACAAGGUGCAACAGAGUUUAAGAAUGAGGUUGUGCUGGUAGCUAAGCUCCAGCACAAAAAUCUUGUAAGGCUAUUGGGAUUUUGCUUGGAAGGAAAUGAGAAAAUACUUGUCUACGAAUACGUUCCUAACAAAAGCCUUGAUUAUUUUCUAUUUGACCCCAAGAAACAAUCCCAAUUAAAUUGGUCAAUAAGAUGCAACAUAAUCGAAGGCAUUGCUAGAGGAAUUCAAUAUUUGCACGAAGAUUCUCGGCUAAAAGUUAUACAUCGUGAUUUGAAAGCCAGCAACAUCUUACUAGAUAAAAAUAUGUCUCCUAAAGUAUCGGACUUUGGGAUGGCAAGGAUGUUUGGUGAAGAUCAAACACAAGGAAACACAAUGAGAAUUGUUGGUACUUAUGGUUAUAUGGCUCCUGAAUAUGCUAUGGAAGGUUUAUAUUCUGUAAAGUCUGAUGUUUUCAGCUUUGGAGUUUUGUUGCUUGAGAUUCUAAGUGGUAGCAAGAACUCUAGCUUUCGUAUUGGGGAUUGUGCAGCAGGUCUCGUAGCAUAUGUAUGGUUUAUGUGGCUUAGAUAUGAUUGGUGUUCGUUAUCAACAUUUCCUCUAAUAUUGUUUUUUUUCCCAUUUAUUUUAACCUUUCCUUAUAAGUAUAUACAGGCUUGGCAACUAUGGAAUGAAGAAAGAGUGUUGGACUUGAUGGAUCCGUGGUUGAAAGAUUCGUGUUAUCACAAUGAAUUCAUGAGAUACUUACACAUUGCUUUAUUGUGCGUUCAAGAAGAUGCAAACUUGAGGCCUACCAUGUCAUCUGUUGUUUCAACGCUCAAAAGUGAAGCUCCCACUCUUUCUCAUCCUGAACGACAUGCUUUCAUUUCGACUCGAAGUUAUAGUCACCAAGAAAUUAUAGGAACGACUAAUAGUUUAUCGGUCAAUAAUGGGAUGACUAUUACUGAUUUGGUGCCAAGAUGAUUAUUGAGAAUCAAGCCAAAAUACUCAAUGCAUGUAAAGAAAAAGAAUUCAUUUGUAUCUCAUCCAUUGAAAGAGGUCGAACGUUACACGUGUUUAAUAAUAUCAUGAAUCCAUUGGAUUGGACUCGACAGAAAUUUCAUGGAUUAGGGACUGAGGAUGGAAAAGCCUGUAUUUAUAUAUGUGCAUAUGGUUAUUAGAUUGGCAAUCUCUUCUUGAAUUAGUCAAACUGCAUGUCAAAAUGGCUUCAUGCUUUAAUAAACCAGAAACUGGACGUGAUCUGUUGAAAUUAUAA